AUAAGAACAGAUACUACACUUUGAUCUUAGCCAUAAGGCCGAGAAGCGAUACCAAACAAACCUCUUCGCUCAAUUUUAUCCACACUUGCAACCGUAAGCGAACGAGAGAAGUAACUGGUUGCGCCAUCUAAUAAAAUUGAGUAAAGUUUCCCCGAAGUAGACUCGAAUUUUGCAUUUUUUUUGGUUUAACAUCGUUAUUAACGCUGGCUUAAACCAAAAUAAUAUAUUUUUUAAAUAUAAUACAUUCUAUAAAUAACCUAUAUACUAAAAAUAAAUUGAGAAUAAAAACCACAAGGUAUUUAUUUAUUUUUCGUAAUCCCCUACUGUUAUACGUGAAAUGACAGAUGAAAAGUUAUUUUUAAUAACCUCCGUCCGUUAAGGAAUAUAACGGCUGUCAGUCAUUAAUAACCGGUAACUGGUAAAUCAGGAAAAUUAGGAAAUUAAAAAAAAAACUUUUUUCUUACCUAACACGCUGAAAGUAAAUUGAUGUAUUGUUGAUUGCAAUCUAAAUAAUGAUGAUUUCAGAAAAAAAUAAACUCAAAAUCUCCGAAAAAUUUUUAGUUUCUUAUCGAAUCAUUAAAUAUCGAUGUAAAAUAUUCGAUGUUUGCUGACGUACAUCGAUGUUUUAGGAACAUCGAUACUUAUUUCCGAUAUCUAAUGUCAUUGUCAAGUGAAAAAUAAAGCUGAAUUAGGAGUAAAAGCCCGAAGUGUUGCGUGAUUUUUGCCAAAAAUGGGCCCAAAUUUGGAAAAAGCAACAAUUUAAUUGAGAUUUUGCAAAUUUAAGUUAAAAUCAUUUGACCAGUGGGCGAUGUUCUAGUGAACUGAAAAAGUUAGGUUAAGGACAUGGCAAGUCAAAAUAAUCUGGAUUUAGACCUCGAUUUAAACUCCGAUGAUGAAUUAAAUCACUUGAAAACGUCCAAACGACAAAUCACUCAUGAGGAGUUUUUGCGAAAUCGGGAAAUCAUGGCGAAUUUCCCUAACCGUUACUAUCAGACACAAGAAGAUAUAAUUUUGAAACGCCGGAUUGGCUCGGGGGUCGCUUUUGUUAGUUUAGUGGCUGAAAACUUGCUAAGUCACCCGUUUCAAGUCCUACGUCGGCAGUGUCAAGUCCAUCAUACUUCUCAGAGAUACCAUUUGUUACCAUUUACGUUAAUACCGACAGUCUAUAGGUUGCAUCAACAUCAAGGUUUGACUACCCUCUGGAAGGGAUUGGGGUCCGUAUUGCUUGUCAGAGGGAUUUCUUUAGGGGUGGAAGACUUAAUUUCAAAAGUGACCCCAUGGCCCAAGGAAAUCCGGUGGCACAGUAACUUGAAACAAUUUUUUCAACACACAUUACUAAAAUGUGUUAGUUUAGCGAUUGUGACUCCGUUUUACUCGGCGUCUUUUGUCGAAACGGUCCAGAGUGAAAUCGCGAGCGAAAAACCAGGAAUUUUGGACGUUUUUAAAGAAGGUUUUAUGCGAUUAUUAAACUGGAAUGGGGGCGUUAAAGGCCGAAUGUUACCAAUUUGGGUAUUAAUCGUACCUACCAUAACUCUGGGACUCUCAAAGUAUUUAUUUAAUAUGUUGGUAAAAGGGGCUUCAGUGCGUCUUUUACACUCACGGUUUAAAAACAAACAUGAAGCUAAUGGGGCCUUGCCGAAAGAUAUGUCCCAUUCGGUUGUCUUACAAGACCUUGAUAUCACAGCUUCACUUAUUGCAAACAUUGCAAGUGAUGUUGCUUUCUAUCCUUGUGAAACAAUAAUCCACCGCUUGUAUCUCCAGGGGACAAGAACAAUUGUGGACAACUUGGACAGUGGCCGAUCAGUGUUGCCAAUCUUAACGAACUUUGCUGGUGCAAUGGACUGUUACGAAAGUUGCUUAGCAAGUGAAGGCACGUUGGGGCUUUACAAGGGUUUUGGAGCUCUUAUUAUGCAAUAUGCUGUCCAUAUAGCCCUUAUACAGUUUUCAAGGUUUCUACUAACCGAACUUGGUAGUCUACUUCACAAACCAAAGAAACAGCCACCUUUACCAACUGAUAUUUCCCCAGCUGCUUUGUCGAAUCUAUCAGCCACACACAGGUCCUAUCUACUCCCGUAACUAGUCAUGGAAUGUAGGGACUAAUUGACAAAAAUGUGUUCUUGGAGAUGACAAAUAAGUUCGAUGUUGGUUGGCGUUAUUUUAACAUCAUUGAAUUUAUUGUAACUAAAAUAAGUGGUCAUUGUGUUGUCUUAGAGGACACUACUACAUUUUUUGUUAAUGAAAUUUUAAGUCACGUUGUUAUUUUUGCGUUUACAAUAAACUAAAAUGAACAAUUUUAA